ACACUUCAAAACAUUUCAAAAUCACAGUAACAUGACCGUUAGGUAUAAUUUAAAUCCAAAUUAUUUGUGCAAAAACCUUGAAAAUGAGUGUUUAUAAACUUUGGAAUAGAGAAGGAAGCUCAGAUUCAAGAGGAUGUUUAUCAGAAGGAUUUUCACCCAGUAAUCGAUCAGUAUCCAGCACACACCAUACAGUUUCAGAUGCUGGUGAAGCGAUACUAGACAAUUAUCUUGAUUUAAUUCAUUCUAAAUCUAACUUUUCUGAUAAAAAUGACAAAAAUGCACCAGAGAGACCCUUUGAUUUUUUCGAUGACGACGAAUUUGUAUUCGGUAUUAACUUACUGAAUAAAAACAUUGCAUGUGCUGAUGAAAAUUUUACAAAGUUAAUUCAAAUGGCACAAGAGCCGUGGCCCGACAACGUGAUGCUGUUCCAGCCAUAUGAAGUGGAACAGAUAUUACUGCCAGACAAUGCCAGCUGUCUCGCUGUGCAGGCUUUUCUUAAGAUGUGCAACCUCCCAUUUGAAGUGGAAAUGCGUUGGAACGCAGAGUUCAUGUCCCCCUCAGGCCGAGUACCAUUCAUCAAGUGCGGAGCGUUUGUGGUUUCGGAGCUGGAGCCCAUAGUGCAGUUUGCAGCCAACAAGGGAGUCUCAUUAUGCUCCCGUCUGUCUAGUGAAGAGAAGGCUGAGAUGAGAGCGUACAUGAGUUUGAUUACUAAUGUGCUGGUUAAUGCUGAGCUCUACAUAUCCUGGAUCCACGAGGAGACAUUCAACUCUGUCACCAAGACCCGCAACUCGUCGGUCUACCCGUGGCCUCUCGGCUGGAUACAGACGAGGUCCAAGCGGAAUGCCGUCACCAAGCGACUGAAGGCGCUGCACUGGCAUGAUAAGACUCUGGAUCAGGUGCUGGCUGAUGUGGAGCAAUGCUGCAAAUCCCUGAGCCAGAGGUUGGGCGAUCGGGACUACUUUUUCGGAUCGCCGACAGAACUGGACGCCCUCGUGUUCGGGCACGUGUUCACCAUCAUCACGACCCGCCUACCCUGCCGGGGACUCGCCGAGACGGUACUGCGCCACUCCUCACUAGUGUCUCUCGCUAAACGUAUAGACGAGAAGUAUUUCAAGCGCCCAUAGCGGCAGGUUUUCAAGGACAUUUCCACUGCGUUUAGGAGUCCUUGAAUCUUGCUGAAACGUUUUUGAGAUUGUAGAGUGCUUGGGAAGCGGAGUUUUGGUUGGUACAAAACCAACCAAUAGCAAAAGUUACAUACAACACUAUUAAUAUAGGUAUGGGCGACGUUUUAAAAUCUAAUUGUUUCAGAAUUGUCCACAAUUUAUUUGUAAUACUGGAAAUUAUUAACAUGUUAGCUCAUUUGCACUAGUUUACUGAAAAAACACAAUUUUAGAGUAACUUAUUCAUUUAAUAUGUAUCCGCUCGAUAUUAAUAUACUGCUUUUUAGUUAGUAUGUUGAGACAUAUCUGUAAAAAGCUCGUAUACUGAAAUAACCGAAAAUUUAAGAUUUGUCUAGGUUUCAAUGUCUCUAAUAUUAUGGUGCAUUAUAACGUCUGCGAAUAAAGAAACGAUGAAAAAUGGCGGCAAUUUUAUAAGUUUAAGGAGUAUAGACUUCCCUUCUAUUAGAAUGAGAUAGCAUGAGUACGCCCGACGGUCAAUCCGCCAUUUACA